AUGGCUUAUAAUUCGUCGCUUGACCAAUUUUGCGGCUCAAAGUUUUGGGAUGACAAUUUAACAUGGUACACGGAAACCCCAGAUCUUACACCAUGUUUUGAAAAAACCGUCCUAAUAUGGAUCCCCUGUGGAUUUCUAUGGGUUGCUGCCUUAUUAGAUACAUACUAUAUUUUAAAUAGCAAGGAACAUAACAUUCCUUGGAACAUACUAAAUAUUAGUAAACUGAUAACCACCAUUUUAUUAAUUGUACUCAAAUUUGUGGACCUUGGGGUAACUGUGCAUAAGGCCUCAAAAGAAGAAGAAGAUGUGUUUAAUGUGGAUUACUAUGGACCAAUUGUCAAAAUACUCACAUUUGCUUUGGCGGCGACAUUGUUGUACUAUAAUAGAAAAUGUGGGAUGCGGGCGUCCGGUGUGAUGUUCUUCUUCUGGCUCUUAUUAAUCUUAGCUGGGAUACCUCAGCUUAGAACUGAAAUCACGAAUCACUAUGAUUUAGCAGACGACGAAAAUGUACAAUACAAUUUCGUCAGUUACAUGAUAUAUUACCCAAUGAUUCUGUUGAUGUUUGUACUUAAUUGUUUUGCUGACCUUCCUCCAAGAGAUUCGCCAUACAAAUAUGAGAAGAAUCAAUGUCCAGAAGCCUCCUCCGGUGUUCCGAGCCGCCUCACCUUUAGUUGGUUCGACCCACUGGCUCUUACAGGGUUCCGGAGAAGUUUGGUCGAGAGCGAUCUCUGGGCACUGAAUCCGCAAGAUUCUUCCAAGGAAAUCGUCCCUCGCUUCGAGAAAUUUUGGCAGCGAGCCUUAAAGAAGCGCGAUGCGGCAACCGGCGCAAAGGCGACGUACAGUAAAACAUCGGCCAGCGUGAAUUUCAAACCAGAGAGCGAAAGAAAGCCCGCUUCUAUCUUGCCGGCCCUCUGCUUGGCGUUCGGCAGUCAAUUUCUUUUCGGUGCAUUUCUUAAGCUGCUCAACGACGUACUCAUGUUCCUUUCGCCCAUGUUGUUGUCACUCUUAAUAAAAUUUGUGGAGAGCAACGAACCCAUAUGGAGAGGUUAUCUUUAUGCCGUUGCACUAUUAGCGUGUGCCAUAGCACAAACGAUGUUCUUGGGUCAUUACUUUACGCGAAUGUACCUAGUCGGCAUGAGAAUCAGGACAGCGCUGACAAACGCGGUGUAUCGAAAGUCUCUACGGAUAUCGAAUGCAGCCAAAAAAGACUCGACCGUGGGUGAGAUUGUCAAUCUCAUGUCGGUAGAUGCACAAAGAUUCCUGGACUUGAUGGCUUACUUGAAUAUGGUGUGGUCUGCUCCGCUACAAAUAACACUCGCAUUGUAUUUCCUCUGGCGUAUCCUUGGCCCUUCAGUUUUGGCCGGGCUAGCUGUUAUGAUAGUACUUAUACCAGUCAAUGGAUUAAUCGCCAGUCGAGUCAAGAAUUUGCAAAUCAGACAGAUGAAGUACAAAGAUGAAAGAGUGAAACUCAUGAAUGAAAUUCUCAACGGGAUCAAGGUAUUAAAAAUGUACGCCUGGGAACCUAGUUUCGAGGACCAAGUUAUCAAAAUAAGAAACAAAGAGAUGCACGUGCUAAAGCAAACCGCUUAUCUCAAUUCGGCUACGGCGUUUAUCUGGUCCUGCGCACCUUUCCUGGUAUCACUGAUGUCAUUCGGGUGCUUUGUUCUGGUAAACGAGACUGAAGUAUUGGAUUCUAAGAGAGCUUUUGUUGCUCUGGCACUUUUCAACAUUCUACGUUUUCCUCUAUCCAUGCUGCCUAACGUUAUAUCGAAUGUGGUGCAGACCGCCGUCGGUAUUAAGAGACUAAAUAAAUUCAUGAAUGCGGAAGAGUUAGAUCAAGAGUCGGUGGAACACGAUCCUAAAGACCCUAAUCCACUGUCAAUAGAAAAUGGGCACUUUUCGUGGGGCGACGCGUCAGAACCAAUAUUGAAGAACAUUAACUUACAAGUGCCCCGAGGUCACUUAGUGGCUGUGGUGGGAGCUGUGGGAUGUGGAAAGAGUUCACUGCUUUCCGCUCUAUUGGGUGAAAUGAACAAAAUAUCUGGCAGGAUUAAUACUUAUGGUUCAGUUGCAUACGUCCCGCAACAGGCGUGGAUCCAGAAUGCCACUUUACAGGACAACAUCUUGUUCGGCAAAUCCCUGGACAAGAGCAAAUACAACAACGUCAUCAACAUGUGUGCUCUAAAGCCCGAUUUCGAUAUGCUCCCAGGAGGUGACCAGACGGAGAUUGGUGAAAAAGGUAUCAAUUUGUCGGGAGGUCAAAAGCAACGAGUGUCGCUUGCGCGCGCAGUAUAUUGCGACGCGGAUAACUACUUCUUAGAUGACCCUCUCAGUGCGGUAGACUCGCAUGUUGGGAAACACAUCUUCGACAAGGUUAUCGGUCCAAAUGGAUUGUUGCAACACAAGACUCGCGUAUGGGUUACCCAUCAGAUGUCUUAUCUCGCCCAAACUGACCUAGUGGUGGUGUUACGUGACGGCGAAGUAUCAGAAGCGGGGACCUACCAACAAUUAUUGGAAAAGAAGGGCGCGUUCGCUGAGUUCCUUAUCAAUCACUUGAGUGAUGCUGAACGAACUUCUCCUGAAGAACUGGACGAAAUGAAACAGGACUUGGAAAGCAAAUUGGGUUCAGAAUUCCAGAACAAGUUACAGAGAGCGCGCUCAUUGUCUGAGAGUGCCUCAGAAUCGGAGGUAGCAGCUGGAGGUGACAGACGUGGCAGCGCGAAGAGACGAACACCAGAAGAUAACGCUGAGGAACGAAAAGAAAAGAACAAACUUAUCGAAGCUGAGAAAGCAGAAACUGGCAGUGUGAAAUGGGCGGUAUACAAACAGUACUUAACCAGCGUGGGGGUGAUGGCAUCUAUAGUGACGUUCCUAAUGAACAUGGUGCUGCAACUAUUCCAAGUCGGAUCCAACUACUGGCUCGCGAAGUGGUCCAACGACACUCAAAUGUUGGUCAAUGGAACAGUCGACAAGGCCAGAAGAGAUAUGUACCUUGGAGUGUAUGGUGGGCUUGGUAUUGGACAAGACGGUAGUGUGGGCCCUUGUUGUGCCAGUGAUCUCGGUGUCGGUGUCGUCGCUGGCGCUGUACUUGGGCGCGCUGGUCGCGGCGCGCAUCCUCCACGCGAAGCUGCUAACGGGAGUGUUGCGAGCGCCAUCUAUCGGGUUCUUCGACUGCACUCCCACCGGCCGGAUCCUCAACCGCUUCAGCAAGGACGUCGAUAUCUUGGACAACACGCUGCCAAUGACUCUCCGGGGCUGGACCGCCUGCUUCUUCUCGCUAUAGCUUCAGUAGUCGCCCAACUUUUGCUUCUAUUGGGAUGCUGGAGAGCAGCGAAGAUCCUGCACGAGGGGUUAAUACAGAAUGUUUUAAAAGCUCCCUUGCAAACUUUUGAACGAACGCCCAUCGGUCGUUUGCUAUCUAGAUUCGGUAAAGACGUAGACGUAGUAGACACCACACUACCGAUGCAACUCUCCGAUUGGUGGUUUUGUGCAGGCCAGGUGCUGGGAACUCUUUUCGUGAUAAGUUUUUCGACGCCGAUUUUCAUGGUCGUGAUCUUGCCGAUCGGAGUCAUAUACUAUAUCAUACAGCGGUUCUACGUGGCUACAUCUAGGCAGCUCAAGAGGCUGGAGUCGAUAUCCCGAUCACCGAUUUAUUCACACUUCGGGGAGAGUAUUACUGGUGCUACUACGAUUCGGGCGUACGGCCUCGCGGACAGAUUCGUCGAAGAGUCGGAACGGGGUGUCGACCACAACCAAGCGUGUUAUUACCCAAGUUGCAUAGCUAACAGAUGGCUGGCGAUCCGUCUAGAAAUGGUCGGGAACCUCAUCAUCUUCUUUGCGGCCCUUUCUGUAGUGCUCGGAAGGGAAACCAUCGACCCAGGCAUUGUUGGACUUUCAAUUUCAUACGCUUUGCAGAUUACACAAAUUUUGAACUGGCUUGUUCGAAUGACCUCGGAAGUUGAGACCAAUAUUGUGGCCGUGGAAAGAAUAAAGGAAUAUUACGACACCCCCUCGGAAGCUGCGUGGAAUCUACCUAACGGACCUGGAUCGACUUGGCCCGAGACCGGAGCCCUUCAGCUAGAAAGGCUGACGCUCUGCUACAGGCCAGGCGAACCCGUACUGCGCGAGUUAACUUGCACAGUGUCACCGCGGGAGAAACUCGGUAUCGUCGGUCGAACGGGAGCAGGAAAAUCGACACUCACAUUGGGACUAUUCCGCAUAGUGGAACCGAGCAGCGGCAAGAUUAUGAUAGACGGAAUCGAUAUAUCAACGAUCGGCUUACACCAGCUGCGCUCGCGCAUCACCAUCAUACCCCAAGACCCCGUGCUAUUCUCGGGCACGUUGCGAAUGAACCUCGACCCCUUCGAGAGCUUCACCGAUGACCAGAUAUGGAGAUCCUUGGAACAUGCGCAUCUGAAGACCUUCGUUCAAGGUCUAGCUUCGGGUCUCCUGCACGAAGUGUCCGAGGGCGGUGGAAAUCUUUCAGUGGGGCAGCGGCAGCUUGUGUGCCUUGCUCGUGCCCUACUUCGCAAAACGCCUCUGCUAGUGCUCGAUGAGGCCACGGCCGCUGUAGACCUCGAGACAGAUGACCUUAUACAGAAAACAAUUCGUACCGAAUUCGCGUCGUGCACCGUGCUUACGAUAGCCCAUCGUCUCAACACGAUUAUGGACUCCACUCGCGUUAUGGUCCUCGACAAGGGACAGCUGGUCGAAUACGCGCCGCCGGACCAACUGUUGCAAGAUAAAAACUCAAUCUUCUACAGCAUGGCCAAGGAUGCUGGACUCGUUAACUAG